AUGGCGACAGUACCAUCCAGAAUCCUCAUACUUGGGGCCACGGGCAACAUUGGCCAGUUCAUCACCAAGAACAUCCUUCACGCCAGGCCCAACAACGCCAAAGUAACAAUCUUGACGUCCGAAAACACCGUUUCGUCCAAGGCAGCUCUUAUAAAUGGCUGGAAGGACGCUGGUGCAUCGGUAAUAACUGGCGACAUUACCAAGGCUGCCGAUGUCGCCGCUGCAUACCGCGGCAUUGACACGGUUGUAAGCUGCGUCGGGCGAGCCGUGCUUGACCAGCAAAAAGAACUCAUCAGGCUGGCCGAAGAGUCGGGAACUGUUCAGUGGUUCUUCCCCUCGGAGUAUGGCACAGAUAUCGAGCACAAUUCCAAGAGCCCAACAGAGCGACCUCAUCAGAUGAAGCUGGCCAUCCGCAAGUACAUCCGGGAGCACACGAAGCGCCUGAAGGUGACUUAUGUUGUCGUCGGUCCGUAUUUCGAAAUGUGGGUGGAUGGCGGUACGUGCUCGGAUCAAAUCGGCGGAUUCAAGGUUGAGAAGGGCGAGGCCUUUCUUAUCGGCGACGGACAAGGCAGGAUCGCGUUUACAAGCAUGCAAGACACCGGUAAAGCCGUGGUUGCAGCUCUCCGUCACCCCGAACUAUCGUACGGCAAGGCGUUGAAAAUCUCGUCAUUCGUGGUGACUCCGAGCCAGGUCCUGGCCGAAUUUGAGAAGCAGCUAGGCAGAAAGUUUGCUGUAAAAUAUAUCCCGUUGGAGUCCCUGGAGCGGACAGAGGCGGAAUUCUGGGAGGCAGGGAACCCGAUCGCUACUAUUGCCACGCUGCGCCGAAUAUGGGCUGCUGGCGGCACGCUGUAUGACAAGUGGGACAAUGACACGAUUGGGCUGACCUCGACGGACUCUCUCGAGGGGAUUAUCAAGUCGUAUCUUGAGGAGAAGGGCCAUCUGAGUGGCUCGCAAGGCGAAAAGCUAUAG